AGAUCUACGAGAAAACUUCUUCCGGUCCUGUCUGGUAUACUUCCGCUGAAAACAACACCACGUGUGAGGAAUGAAUGGGUAGCUGUCAGGACUGUCCACACUGACACUCAGCGGCGUUAAGAACAGAAGAAGACGUUUUAAAUUUGUCUUACUUUGUGUUCGCAGGGUCCUUAACUUCUUCUGUUUAAGACUGAACACUGAUCAACAUGAGUUUUGUGGAGUACUCAGACUUGAUUCAGGACGGGGAUGUUGCUAUCAUCUACCUGGGCCACGACUCCAUGAUGCCCGUCAAAGUGCAGCAGGGCGCCCAGACACAGACGCGCUACGGGGCCAUCCGCCAUUCCACUGACCUGAUAGGCCAGAGGUACGGGUCAAAGGUCACAUGCAGCAAAGGCGGCUGGGUCCACGUACUUCACCCCACACCUGAGCUGUGGACGAUCACGCUGCCGCAUCGCACACAGAUCCUGUACACCACGGACAUCGCUACCAUCACCAUGAUGCUGGAGCUGAAGCCGGGGUCCAUUGUUUGUGAGUCAGGUACCGGUAGUGGGUCUCUAUCCCACGCCAUCCUUCGGACCAUCGCCCCCACAGGCCACCUGCACACGGUGGAGUUCCACCAGCAGCGAGCCGAGAAGGUGGCGGAAGAGUUCAGGGAGCACCACGUGGAUCACCUGGUCACCGUCAGGAACCAGGACGUCUGCAAAGACGGGUUUGGAGUGACGGGGGUGGCGGACGCCGUCUUCCUGGAUAUCCCCAGUCCAUGGGAGGCAGUGGGACACGCCAAGACCACUAUGAAGAAGCAAGGCGGGCGGCUGUGUUCGUUCUCCCCGUGCAUCGAACAGGUCCAGAGGACAUGCGAGGCUCUGGCGGACCAGGGCUUCGAGGAGAUCAGCACUUUGGAGGUCUUGCUGCGAGUCCACGACGUCCGAACCGUCUCCCUGCCGCUGCCCGACUUCGGCCCCGACCCUUCAGCCCCGGCGCCGCCCGACGCCGACUCGAAAGCUCCGAACAGCGCCUCAGUCACCAUCAAAACCACCACACCGCCGCGAGAAAUACCCGGACACACGGGAUACCUCACCUUCGCCACCAAACCCAGAACCUAAGCCUCAUUUCAUCAGCAGGACAUGAGUUGUAAUCUGUGCCUUUUCCCUGAGACCUGCAGAGGAAUGAGGCCGAGGAAAUCCAGCAGGUACCAGGUUGCGCCAGGUCCCGGUUGGCAGCGCCGCACCAAGAGGAUUUACAGUUCAGUCUUACACAAUUCUGUCCUCCUGUCACUUGGCACAGUUUCACUGCUUGAAUCGAGCGAGUAAAUCAAAUCUGGAGAGGUUUAAUUUUAACAUAAUCUGAUUUAUCGCCUCACAUUUUUAUAAAAAAUCUGUUUUAAUUCGUACAGGAAAGAUAGUUUUUUUUGUUAUUUUGCGCUUUUGUAUCCACAUGAAUACAAUAAGGGUGUUGUUUUGUUUGUUUCUUGGCCCCGAACACUGAAGAAGAAGAAGUGACAGACGUUAAUCCCUUGUCCGAUAAUUAAACAUGUUCCCCUGAGCAGAACCGGUCCUGUUCCAGAUCAGUCAGGGGGAAAAGUCGGCUUUAAUUUAAUCAUCUUUUUAAAGUGGUUCCUUAAGGGCUACACAGAAAAAAGUGUUUGCAUAUGCAUUAGUUCUAAAAAAAAAAUAAAAUGUUCUGCAUU